GUGUUGUUAUUGUCUUCCAUAUCUAUCCUCUAGGUUCUUAUAAGAAGUAUGUUAGUGGCUCAAAUCUAGAUUUAUAUACGAGUUAAAUCUGAAAAUUGCAUUUGGAUUAAGAUAUUAUUUGUUUUCUCAUUAUCUUCCUGCCUAAUUUAAACAGGUGGGCAUCCAUUGUUGUAGCAACAGUUUUGCGGUCAUCAACAAUUCCUCUCUUGAUCAAACAAAUGAAAGACACCACAAAGUUAUCAUGCUUUUAUUCAAAGAAUAUGGUGUCACUCCAAAUGAAAGGGAUGUUGAUUCAGAGACCUCUGUUCAUCUGCUUCUUCCACAUAAAAAUACACUCUACGCUGGCGAUGUUUCUUUUCGUCUCACUCAAUACCUGGGCUACCUCCACCUCCUCCAGGUCAACAACCUUCCUUUGACCUGUUUUUGCAGCUCUCAAGAAAAUGAAAGCCAUGACACAGAACGAGACAGGAUCACCUUCGCCAGUAGUAACCCGGAGGUUGUCAUCGGUAAGAGGCUCAAGGCUUUGGAGAGCCAAGUUAAGGCCUUAAGGGAAGGAAGAAGAACAGCAGCAAGAAAAGAUGAUCCAAUAUGGUGCCGUUUUACCUUUUUUCCGUUAAGAGGGCCAAAAGAAGAAAGAUAAAUAAAAGCUUUUGAUUCAAAAGUGUAGAGAAUGAGAACAACUUUAUACUAUUUGUUCUCAUUUUUGAAGAAACUAAUUGAGCACUUUUACUAAAGUAAAUAAAUAAUCGUCACUAGAAAUUGUUAACAUAAUAAAUUAUUCUCUCCGUUCCAG